AUGGGGACUGACUACGCCGGUCUCGUUGGCAUCAUCCUAGCCGCUCUUUCCCUAUGCGCAAUCUUCGGAUACAUUAUAUACAGAGUGCAUACAUACUCUGGCACCGGGGAGCGAGCUAAGGUGGAACAGAUGUGCCAUAAAUCCUGGUACCCGGAUGUUGAGCGGCAAGAAAAACCACGCGGUCGUUCUCCACCACCAGUGAGCCCUCGUCAAAAGGCCGAACUUACCCGCCAACCCCAUAAGCUAUACCAUCCACGAACCGGAUUUGGGGCAGAUCGAGGUUUUCAGCUAUCAAGCCAAUGGCAAGGCUCCUCUUCAGGGGGAACAGAGCGUGGUAGGUCACCACCCGCCGUUCCCUUACCGCAACCAUUACUAAUUAAAAAUAGGAGCAACGACCGUGGCCCGGCCCUUCGAGCGACGCAACGCAAUUUCUCACGUGGACCUUACGCUGCCCUUGAUAAAACCGGCUUGAAGGAGGUUGCACCCGCCCCACCGCCGAAGGACAAGCCUACGAGCCCACAAGAUGACCUAGGAGAAAUCAACCCUUACAAGAUCAAAGAAAGCGUGUCGCUAGUCUCUUUAUCAACCUAUGUUUCCAGGCCUCAACAUGUGUCCAAUGAUGACAUUCUUUUUGCACCAAGGACCAGUCCGAAGGCUGCGGGGAAGAAUUGGAUCUGA